AUGACAGGGAAGAAAAAGGAAAAGAGAAGACGACCGGUAGCAUGUCUCCGUUAUCGGAGGAUGCUUAUGCGCACAAGUUUGUUCUCGUUGGUGGUUUUGCUGUGCUGCUGCUGCGAGCCUGCUCAGGCUUCUUCUGCUGACAGCGGCAACAGCAACAGCAACAGCAACGACGCGAGGCAACCCGAAGAAAUGCCGCCUGCCGACGUCGUUGACAACGACCCUGGUGUUGAUGCCGCCGGUGAUGCCGCCAGUGUGCCCGGUAGGGAUUCCAUCGAAGACAAAUCAAGAAUAAACGCGAGGAGCGGCCACGUGGAAGACGCGGAGGAGUUGGGAAUGCCCUCCACUGUUGCGACACCCGGCGUAGACGAGGGAGAGGGGGAGGAUGACGGCGGUGGCUCCGUUUCGUUGACUCCUGCUGACCCAGCAGCAUCAGGAGCGGUAUCGCUAGCGGGAGCAUCCGCGUCAUCCUCAGGGACGACAGGUAGUCAACGGGCAACACAAGCGGGAGCGGCUUCCCAGGAAGACGCUGUAGAUAUCAUGCAACAACACGACGUCGCGGCCGCCGUGGCGGCGCACUCUGCCACUGGUCCUGUUGACCUUGAUGCCGACACUCCUUCUUCCACCGCUACCCCUGCUGCUGAUGCUAUUCAAGGGUCUGAACUAGACCAAAACAGCCAUCAGCACGAUACGAACGUUCUGGCCGUUGGCGACGAAGGUGGGGACAGCGGGGGCGGACGAUUAGGCGUGUCGACGGGGUUCGACGCCGGGAGAGAAAAAGAACUGCCAGCGGCGGAGGCGACUUCGGCACCGGGAGUAGACACGGCAGAGGAUCGGGCGAGGAACGAGGGCGAAAUACAGGAUGAGGCGCUGCGAUUGGAAGGUGACGGCGGCAAGGAAGCUGGGGGCGCGAGGGAUGAAACCGACCGGCCUUGCGGUAUGGAUGAGCUUGUGGAAGAGACAAAGGAAGCGUCUGUGCGAACACCCAGCGGAACAUCAUCACCACCAGAGUCGGCGGCAGCUGUCGCGGAUGAGCUCGAUGAGGAGCUGUUGAAAGCAGAAGGAUCGGGCGGCAGCUACAGCGGCGGCGACGCCGGCGGCGGGGCUGACGAUCACGGGGUCGCCGACGGUGGGACGGCGGAUGGACACCGCCCCGAGGAGGACUCUGAGGUCGAGACAGAGACCGGUGAUCACAGCAGCAGCAGAACAAGCGGGGGCAGCGGCGGGCGGAGGGACGCGAAAGAGUACAAGAGGCCCGGCGGGCAGGGCGAAAAGAAGGAGGUGCGAGAAAGCCGUGAGGAGGUGUAUCCCCACCACGGAGGGGACGGUGUUGAUGGUGGCGAUGCCAGCGGCAGCAGCAGUGGUGCGGCGGGGUUUCCUCGAGGUUCGCCGGAGGACAUGGCGCAGCGCGUGAGAGAUAUGGAGGCGGAGCUGGUGCGCAAGCUCCUUGCGGAGGAGGACGCCAAGUCCUUGCUUGACAUCUGGGUGGAGAGAACGCGAGAGUACGUCUUGACCCAGACGGUUCCCCCGACAGACGCGGAGUGCGACUUCAACUGGAGCCGCCUCCGCUGCGAGCCCAAGUGCACGUGCGGCGCGCGGCUCCGCUUCGGCGACUACACCCCCGGCCGCGCCUGCCGCCUGCUGCACCCCUGGGAGCGGAACCCGGAGCUGUGCGGCAGCGGCGUCGACGGCGACGACGGCGGUGGCAGCGGAGGCAGCAGCAGCGACGGCGGCGGCGGCGCGUGGGACCCUUCGGACGAGCCGGCCGUGAGGCGAGUCGUGGCGGCGGCGGCCGGGGCGCUCGGCGGGCUGCGGCAGGCGUACGAGGAGCGGGUGGCCCCGCCUUCGGACUCCGAGUGCAGCUUCAGCUUCGAGACGAGGCGGUGCGAGCCGCAGCCGCUCUGUCGGCUCCGGUUUCGGUGGGGAGAUCUGACUCCCAGCAGCGCUUGCAGGCUCGCCGGCGGCGCAAGCUCGGACGAGAAGAAAUAUCGUGCUUCCGCUCCUACGCACAAGAGCCCCGGCGGGGGCACCUUUCACUGAAUGGAGCACGCGCGCUGCUCCCCAACCCUGUGUGUUGUCGUACUUGGUGCUUUCAGUUGGAUCUCUGGGGCGUGAUGUAUGUGCGUGUGUUUUUUUGUAAUGUGUGUGUGUAGUUUGUUUUUUUGCUGCUUGUUUGUCGUGUGUAAAAUGACGCAAGGACGGCGUAGGAAACUGGGAGUGGUGCUGCGAGGCCGCCCUGCCCCCCGCGUCGGUUGUGUGUCUUUCAGUCGGUGGAAUCUGCGGGAAACGGUGCAUGAUUUGGGAUGGCGAAAAAGUAUAAUCCAGAGGAGGCCGACAAAAAGGACUUUUUUCGUUGGCACAACAUGAAGCAUCAGUUGGACCAGCACGGACGUCAGAAGUCUAAGAUAUCAGGACGGUUUGAAUGUGAAGAGAAUGUGAAGACAACAACAACAAUAGCAACGUCGACGACGACGAC